UGACCCCGGUGGGGACUGGGGCAUACUGGAGUAUUCUGGUUGGAAUGGGGUAGGGGAGGUCAGUGAGGCGAGAGGGUCUGAUACUGGGAGGGACUGGGACAUGCUUGUGCUUGUAAUGGUGGGCAGAAGGCCAAAGAGAUGAGACAGUCUGGUCGAUACUUGGGGCAACUGGGCCAUACUGGUGGUGUCUGGUUGUAGUGGGGGUGAGGGAAGGGAUGAAUUGAGGGGUCUGGUUAAUGCUGGGAGGGGUUGGGAUGUACUGGGAGGGUCUGGUUGUAAUAAAGGGGAGGGAGCAGGUGAGAGGUCUGUUUGAUAGUGGGGGGACUGGGGCAUACUGGAAGGUCCUGGUUAUAAUGGGUUUUGGGAGGGGGAUGUGGUGGGAGUGUCUGGGUGAUACCGGAGGAGACUGGGACAUACUGGGAAGGCUUGUGGUGUUCUUGGGGUGGGAGGGGAUACCAGGCUACGCAGGGAGGAUCCUUGAUGCUGGGGUAGGACUGGGCUGCGCUGGGAGUAUCUGGGGUGUUCUGGACUGGAAAAGGGGUGAUGACCUGGGCUGCGUGGGGCUCCUGGCCAUCCCACAGGCACUGGGGAUGCUGGGUGGGCUGGGGGCGUCACUGAUUCUGUGGCAGGGGGUGAAAAAAACCGUGUAUUUUUGGCCCAGCAGCUCCUACACAGUUGUGGUUGGAGCCUUUUGUGCUGCUGCAAAUUCCUCUGUUGCUGCCCGCUGCCACUUCACUUCCACACCAACCCCGUCCUUCCACUGAAAUUAUUCUUUUUCCCUUCCUGACGUAUUUUCUCGCUUUUAUUUAGAGCCUGCGGGCAGCAGUUCCUUCACAGCUACGCGUGAUACCCCCAGCUCUUGCUCCGCGGGUAGGACCGGUCGUCCCGAGCAGUUCUGUGACUGAAAUGGCAACUUGCCAUCGCCCCAUCUUUGCCAAAGCUGUUUUCACAGGGGUUUGGCUCGGCCGCGGCGCUGCCCGCUCGGGGAAUACCUCGUCUGCUCUGUUUUAGGAGCACGGGCUGCCAUGGAGGGGCAGCCAGGUCCUCCGGCCUGCGAGUGCCCCUUUUCCCAGAGGCUCUCCCCGCUUUCCGAAAGAGAUGGGCCUGAAGGUGAAGGAGUGCAGGAGGAGGCUCAGGAGGAAGAUGCAGCCAGGAUGCAGCUGAGGGAAGAGCUGAGGGAAGGCUCCCCGUUGCAGCUCGGACAAGCUUCUCCACGCCGCUCGGGACGGUGCUGCCGCGGGCAGGGCUCUCUCACCCCUCGGGGCGCAGGCCGGCCCUGCCAGAAGACUGAUGAGGAUGAGGGGGCUUCCCCGUGCCACCAGGUGCCGGGGGAGCUGCGGCCGUGCCGGCGGAAGCACCGGCUGUGCCUAAAGCCUGAGACAAGCCGCGUCUCCACAUUCCCAGGACGGGGGGAGAGCACUGAAGAGCCAGGACCUUCCCGGGGGAAGAGGCUGCGGUUGAUCUGGGGCCGUACAGGCGACUUCAGACAGAGGGUGAUGGAGAAUGGGCUGGAGGAGGUGCCACGGAGCAGCGAGGAAGAGGAGGAGGAGAGAGGGUCUCGGCCGUGUUCCCCCGAGCUGCCCCUUCCUGGUGAUGUCCGUCCCAAGCCGGACUUCGUGCAGCUGAUCGACGAGCGUGGCAUCUACUCCACUGCCAAGCUGGUGCUGGGGAGUGCGGUGGGCGAGCUGGAGGAGGUGGCGGCGGUGGGGCUGCCGGCCCACUCGAAGCGGGGGGCGAGCAGCGUCGGCGAGCUGGAGAUCCGUGAGGUGAUCGUCGACGAGAAGCCCUUCCAGUGCGGCGUCUGCGAGAAGGCCUUCAAGCGGGCCUGGGAGCUCUUCAGCCACGAGGUGGUACACAACGAGGAGCGUCCCUUCCGCUGCGACCUCUGCCAGGCCUCCUUCAAGCGCCACUCGGACUUCAAAAGCCACCGGCUGGUUCACACGGAGGAGCGGCCCUUCCGCUGCGAGCUCUGCGGCAAGCGCUUCAAGCGCUCCUCCAACCUCCAGGAGCACCGGCGCAUCCACAGUGGUGAGCGGCCCUUCCGCUGCCCCCGCUGCGCCAAGAGCUUCAAGACCCCCUACGAGCUGCAGCGCCACGCGCUCACCCACUGCGCCGAGAAGCCCUUCAAGUGCGCCGACUGCGGGAAGGAUUUCCCCACCUCCAAUGCCCUGCUGCUCCACCAGCGCCAGCACUGCGACGACAAGCCCCACGUCUGCGGUGUCUGCGGGAAGAAGUUCACCUACGGGCACAGCCUCAAGGUGCACGAGCGGGUGCACACAGGCGACCGCCCCUUCGUCUGCCCGCUCUGCGGCAAGGGCUUCAAGCAGUCCAACGCCCUCUCCUCCCACGAGCGGGUGCACACUGGUGAGCGCCCCUUCGUCUGCAAAACCUGCGGGAAGGCCUUCAAGCAGUCAUCCUACCUGGUGAUCCACGAGCGAGCGCACACGGGGGAGCGCCCUUACAAGUGCGAGGUGUGCGGGAAGGCCUUCGCCCGGCCCUCCUUGCUCCUGCAGCACCACCGCGUGCACAGCCAGGAGCGGCCCUACAAGUGCAGCUUCUGCCACAAGUUCUUCAAGGACCUGGCCUACCUGGCCGUGCACGAGAAGGUGCACACGGGUGAGACCCCCUACAAGUGCAGUGUCUGCGACAAGGGCUUCGCUCACCCCUCCAACCUGCUGCAGCACCAACGCGUGCACCGCGAUGGCUGAGCCCCGGCGCGGCGAGCGCAGCCACGGCCUUGCCAGCCCAUGGCGGCCAUAAAGACGCCGCCACCAACAGCAGAUGGGCCCCAGGCCGGGGGACCCUGUACACAUGUCCAAAGACUGGCGCGGGCCCCUGAAAAGCUGCGGCACUUCUCCUGAGCUGCAGCCCUUUGCUGAACCUGGACCCACGCCAUGCUCUCCUCCUUCCUCCAUGGGGUGGUCCCAGUGGGAUGCUCCCCCAGCCUGUGAGCUGAGGCGGCUGCAAGCUCCUGGCAGGCGCGCCGUGGCUCGUGGUGUGCUGUGGCUUGUGGCAUGCUGUGGCUUGUGGCACAGCGCCAGUGGGCAGGCAGGAGCCCUCCUCUUUGCUCUGUGCAAGGAGGAGGGCUGAGACCCCCCCAGGUCGUCCCAAGGUCUCCCUCCCCAGUCAUCCCAGUGAGCGUGGCUCAGCCGGGGCUGGGGGCUCCCAGGGAGUUGGGGCACACUGUUGCCUGCAGUGAGGAAGACUUGCUUGGGUUUGGUGGAGGGGGGAGAUAGAAUGAUGGUACGGGUAGCGAGGAGGAUCACGGAAGAGUGAGGAGCAGGCACCUCCUUUCCUCCAAAACCUUUUUGGGUUCACAUGUCCCGUCCAUAUCUCAUGCUGCUGCUAAUGACGUGGUUAAUCACCCCCUUUUUUUCUGCCCCAGGGUGCUGGCAGGACUGGUAGGGAGCAGAAGAAAGUGGGGGGAAAUGCUGCUGCCGUCCACUUUGGGAGUCUCGGCAAGUGAUGCCCAGUGCUGUAAGUUCUCCAACCGCUCCUGGGACUUUCCAGGCAGGAACCUGGAUGGGGUACGGCCAAGCAAGUUAUGACCGGCCCCCUGCAUCCUCCUCUUGCCUCUCGGAGCUGCCCCCAUGCUGCUGCUGGAGCCUGGAUUUGUCCCCCCAUGGCCGGUGGUUGUGGGUGGGGGUUGGCAUGCGGACUUUUGUUCUUAGGGGUGAGACAAAACACUGUCCUCACCCGCGCCGUUGCCCUUGUGUUGUCCCUUGGACUCCCGGAGAUCCUGGGUCCGACCUGUCCCCCUUUUCGUACGGUCCCUGUAGUGCUGGGAACGGGGGGGUGGGAUGUGCGCGCUCCUUGGCGCUCUGCACAGUAAUUACAGGAUGGUUAUUUAAUGACGACUCUGUCUCAUCGCCUCCUCCAGCUCACAGCCACGUCUGGUUGGGUCUUGACAUGGGCUUUCGGUGUUGGUACAUUUCUUGGUGAUCUUGCCUCCUUCCCACGUGGUACCUUUCCCCAGCGUCCUUCGGGCGGGUGGGAGGUCACCUGCACGUGUUGCCUGCAGACGUGGUAAAGAGAGACCCCAGAUCCAGGCUGUGGCGUGGAUCCCCCUCGGCACGGCCAAGCCCACGCACCACAGAUGGGUGCAGGGUGGGCCAGUAGGCCGUCUUGGGAUUUGGGCUGGUGGAUCCCUCUGCAAGGAUGCUUAUAGGCCGCCUGGUCCUGUUGGUCUUCUCCCUUGCCCCACAGCUUCCCAGUUUCCUCCCAUUUCAGCCCUUGAAACAGGACUGGGGCAGGUCUGGCCUCUUCAUAAAUCUGUUCCUGGCCAUGGGUCAUGAGGUUGUGAUUUGAUUUUGGGGUUGAGCCUGUCCCUGAACGUUCUCUGUAGCUCAGCCAGUGGUGGACAUGUGUCAUCAGGUUCCCAUCCUGAGAUCUGCUUUGUCCACAUGUCUGCGGUGGCAGGGAGGGGGUGUCCAAGCAAUUGUCAGAAUCUGGAGUUGCAUCCAACUGCUGAGGCUGUCAGAGAUGAUCUAGGGUACCCAGCUGGCCCUCAGCUCCUCUUCCAGGAGAGCUCUUGUCUCUUAUGGUCCCUAUGUCCUACAUGCCAGCUCCCUAGAGUGUCUAGGGUGCUUGAGGGCAUCUCGUCUGGCUCUAGGGAGGUGGUGCUCUUGUGGUUGGACAAGCCCCAACCUUUGAUGGGCAUCCUGCCUUGUGGGAUCUCCAGCCUUGGGCAUCCUGGAGGCCAGAGCGAGCGAACCUCCCUGAUCUGCAUUUCGGCUGGGGUGAGAGGAGCAUCUCUGGUGGGUCAAGCCCCGGGCUGUCUGCUCCCAGAGAUUGUGGCUUUUCUCGUCUGCUGGGAUCAUGUGUUGCAUGAUCAAGCGGUGGUGGUCACCAGGCAAUGGAUAAGGUCACCAAACAAUGACCUUAUGGCCAGCACCAGCUUGGUAGUUGGCAAGGAAGGGGAUGGCCUUGGUGCUGGAGGAAAUGAUUACCGGUUUUGUGCUGCUUGGAUGCCCUGCAGAACCCCUGCUCCCCUGUUGGCCAUGGCCUGAGGGGUGAUCUCAUGCUGGCACUGCCCAGCUUUCCCAGUCCAUCUGAAGGUGUUUGCUCCAUUGCUCCAGCACCUGGUGAAUCUCUGGAGUUUCUGAGGUGGGAUCUAGGGGCCAACUUCACAGGGGCUCUUGUGGAGGGUUUUCAGUUUAUUUCUGAAUGUGGUGGACCCCAAGCAGCCCUGAUUUUGCUCUUAAUUUGGGAACAGUGCUCUCCAACCCCUCUGAAGCGUCAGGAAAAAGAAAUGGAAAAAAGGGUUCUGUGCCUUUCCCAGUUUUGGGAUGUCAUUCAUCCCAAGGGAAGCUGGAGGGAGGACCAGGCAUGGCGUACCCACACUUCAGUCUCUGGCAAGGAAGGUGUCGGUUGUCUGGGCUGGCACCAUCUCCUGGUGCUGGGACCUCUGCUUGCUGGGCCUCCUGGCCUCGCCCCCCUCAUCCCAGGUGCUUUGGGAGUGCAGCCCUCAGUUUGUGAGCCUGAUGGACCCCGAGGCGAGGCUGGGAGUGGUGUCCCUCUGCACUGGGAUGCUUUUAGGCAUGCGGUGCCAGCAGAGAACCAUGAGCUACUAGGCAAGGGCAUGUUUUGUGCCCCCGUGAACUUCAGCAGGGAGGUUCCGCAUGGUUGGGUCCUAAAGGGUGGGUCAAAGGUUGGGGGUGUGGGGCAAGGGGAAUGGGUCUCUGUGGCUGCCCCAGAAUGGAUCCAGGGAGGAGGACUGAGUAUCUGGGGCUGUGGGAUAAAGUGCACUGCAGCUCAGGCACCUGGGGAGGGUCAAGAAAUGGGGGACUUGCCUCCAUACAAGGUCAGGGGGAAGCUGUGGCAGAGGAGCACAAAAGCAGCUCAUGGCCCACACCCCAGCACUCACACCCGUCACACCUAGAGGGUUGGGGGCCCCCUUUUAAUUCAUUUGUACCCCUCCUUCUGCUCCUCUGCUCCUUUAGUGCAGCCUUGCACUGUCUGCCAGGCUCGUCGGGCUCCUCCUGAGCCACAUGGGCUGCUCUGAGGUUGUGAAGGUGGUUAAUUAAAUUCACCAGACUGGGAGACGCCCCCUUGGC